AUGUUGGCAGCUUCUCUUCGCGCUCGUUCGGCCUUCACACCUCUUACCCUUCCGACCCGCGCCUUCUCCUCCACCGCUCUCCGUUCUCUCACAUCCUCAAAAGUCUACCCUUCCGCCGACGAGGCCGUCAAGGAUAUCGCUCCAGGCUCCACCGUCCUUUCUGCUGGUUUCGGUCUUUGCGGUACCCCUGAGACCCUCAUCAGUGCCAUUUCCCGUCACCCUCACAUCAACAAUCUCACCGUCGUUUCCAACAAUGCCGGCACAGGCGAGUUCGGUCUUGGCAAGCUCCUCAAAUCGAAACAGAUCAACAAGAUGGUCUCCUCUUUCAUCGGCGGGAAUAAGUACUUUGAGUCUCAAUAUCUCACCGGUCAAGUCUCGUUGCAGCUGACACCUCAAGGAACUUUGGUUGAGAAGUGCCGUGCUGGCGCAUUCGGUAUUCCUGCUUUCUACACUCCUACGGGAUACGGAACUGCUGUACAGACUGGAGAGUUGGUUGUCAGGUACGAGCCAAGAGAGGAAGGCAGCAAAGAGCCUCCCAAGGCAGCUGAAAUGGCCAAACCCAAGGAGGAGAGGAGCUUCAACGGAAGGAACUACAUCUUAGAAGAAGCUAUUUACGGCGACGUAGCUAUCAUUCACGCUUGGAAGGUCGAUGAGGCUGGUAACGCAGUAUUCAGGUAUGCUGCUAACAACUUCAGCGCUCCUUUCGGUAAGAACGCAAAGAUCACCAUUAUCGAAGCUGAAGAGAUUGUCCCUGUUGGCACUUUUGACGCCUCAGAGAUCCACCUCCCAGCCAUCUUUGUUGAUAGGAUCGUCAAGUCUACCCACGAGAAGCAGAUCGAAGUUCGUACCGUUUCUGACGCUCCCAAGGCCAACAAGAGCGACGCUGGAGCAGAUGCAGCCAAGCAAGAAGCAAAAGAACGUCGCAUCCGGAUCGCAAAACGUGCUGCUAAGGAGGUCAAGGAUGGAGACUACAUCAACCUUGGUGUUGGUAUGCCUUCUCUUGUUCCUAACUACCUUCCUGAAGGAGUCAAUGUGGUGCUUCAUUCCGAGAACGGUAUUCUCGGUAUGGGUCCAUACCCUAGUUCCUCCGCUGUGGAUGCAGACAUUGUCAACGCAGGCAAAGAAACCGUUACACUUCUUCCGGGCGCAUCCACUUUCGACUCGUCCGAAUCCUUCGGCAUGAUCCGUGGUGGACACAUCAACGUCACCAUGCUCGGUGCUCUCCAAGUCGGAGCUAACGGUGAUCUCGCUAACUACAUGAUCCCAGAAAAGAAGGUUUCCGGUGUCGGUGGAGCAAUGGAUCUGGUCUCCAACCCAAGCAACACCAAGGUUGUUGUGGUCAGCGAUCACGUGGAUAAGAACGGAAGGAGUAAGAUCGUUGCUGAGUGCAAGCUGCCGCUGACGGGGAGCAGGUGUGUUUCGAGGAUUGUUACGGAUCUUUGCGUGUUCGAUGUUGAUAGGGUCGGAGAUGGUGGUUUGACAUUGAUUGAUUUGCAGGAGAGUGUGACGGUGAAGGAAGUUAGGGAGAAAACUGAUGCGCAGUUCAAGUUGGGUCCUGGGAUUAAGGAAUAG